CGUCUCCCCAUCUCUCCCCACACAAUUUCAUUGCACGCCUCCCGUACAACUCGUUGUAUAUACACUCUCAACAUCUCUACCCCCAACUUUGAUUUGUACGAGACAUAAUCAUGGUCCUCAAGCGCAAGCGUUCCGUCGACGAUUCGCCUCUCUCCAUCUCCAGCUUCGGCGGCGUCUCAACACCGGAAGCGCAGUCGCCCUCGCCAUUCCCCCACAGAUUCGAUGGCGCAGCGGACAUGGAUGUAGACAUAUCAUCUCGAAUUAAUGCCUGGGACUUCUCGCGCGCCAGCCGAGUCAAAGGCAGCGACUGGGGCAACCGGACGCGUAAGCGGUGUCGCGACAACCGGCCAGACGAGCGCGCCAUACACAAGAACACAUUGAACAAGCUCUUCGCUGCGCAACGGCAGCAUCCAGACGCCUCUCCCAUACCAUCCGAUUCGCUGCCUUCACAACAGCCCUCUCAGGCCGCUCCCAAACCACAGAAGUCUACGCUGCACUCGUUCUGGAAGCAACUGCCCGCACCACCCGUUCUGUCGCCUACGUUUGCAGUCCCAGCGCCUCAACACCCAGAAAUAUCACAUGGACCACGCUGCGAGGACUGCGACACGCUGCUGCGAAGCGAGAACGAUAGCAUGGACGUGGACAUUGACAUGGAUAUGGGCGGCGCGGUCGAGAGCAGUCCUUUCGCCUGUGGGGACUGCGGGAAGAACGUUUGUGCUACUUGCGCAGUGGUAUCAAUGACGAGGCAUUGCUUGCAAUGUGCGACGAACGGGAGAAACUCAAGGCGGUGGUGGUAGGAGGUUGAUACAUUCAUAACCAACUGUGUGAAACCCGGGUGUGCAUUAGGUUCGAUACUAGGAAGCCUUGUUAUCAUACAUGCUGUUGCUCUUGUGAGCUGGGAGAUUGUUUCAGCGGCGUUCACGGACAUUGGAUUUCUAUGGAGCUACGAUAUCCCUAUAUUUGUUUUUGACUAGCGAGGCGUACUGGAGUUCACAUAUGGAGAGAGUUGCAGAAUUCGAAGGGCUGGUACAGUGCUCCUCAUUCUUCUCGAUCAAAUCGAAAUAGAUUAUCUUCAAUGUUGAACCG